AGUUCUAUCUCUCUCCUUUUGGUUCUGUAGAAGAAUAAACUAGAUUAUGUAGUACUACUUAAUUUGUACUAGUGAUGCUAAAAGACUUCACAAAUCUUAUCAUGCAGGACAAAAUGGCGUCUUUGGGGAUUCUUCUAAUUGGGUUCAUGUCUAUGCUCUCUUCUGUUCAGGGGUAUUAUUAUUCUGGUUGGUCCAAUGCUCAUGCAACUUUCUAUGGAGGUGGUGAUGCUUCUGGGACUAUGGGUGGAGCUUGUGGCUAUGGAAAUCUAUACAGCCAAGGAUAUGGGACUAACACAGCAGCUCUAAGCACUGCUUUGUUCAACAAUGGCUUGACCUGUGGAGCAUGUUAUGAGCUCAGGUGCGUGAAUGACCCACAGUGGUGCCUCCCUGGCACCAUUGUUGUCACUGCCACUAACUUCUGCCCGCCGGGGGGUUGGUGCGACCCUCCGCAGCAGCACUUUGAUCUCUCUCAGCCCGUAUUCCUUAAGAUAGCUCAGUACAGAGCUGGAGUUGUCCCUGUAUCAUACAGAAGGGUGAGAUGCAGGAGAGCAGGAGGAAUAAGAUUCACUAUAAAUGGACACUCGUACUUCAACCUAGUGCUGGUGACGAAUGUCGGUGGUGCCGGAGAUGUCCACUCUGUGGCCAUCAAAGGUUCAAGAACCCGGUGGCAAUUGAUGUCAAGAAACUGGGGACAAAACUGGCAGAGCAAUUCUUACCUCAAUGGACAAAGCCUCUCUUUUCUUGUCACAACCAGCGAUGGAAGCAAAUCGGUUUCUUACAAUGUUGCCCCUCCUAACUGGUCAUUUGGUCAGACAUACACAGGAAGACAGUACCGUUAAUAAGUCCUUGAAAAAACUCUACCUAGUUAUGUGCUAUUGAAGCUGCUUUUCCAGUUUGUUUAGUUAUAUCGAGUAAGUUUGCUGAUGCUGAAGCUAUAUGGUUAAAAUGAGAAGGGCUUGUUUUUAAAGUAAAUGGCCCAAGUUGAUUCUGGUGUUUGCAGUUCAAGGCUGUUGAAGACAGAGAAAGAAAGAGUUUAUGUCAAGGCUAUUAGGGCAGUUUGGUGUUUGGAUUUCAAUACCUUCUGCUAAUUCAUGGAGUCACUAUCACACUAUCAAUAGAAGUUGUUUAGUACUGUAAUAAACUCGGGCUGCUUAUAUAAUUUGCAUGCACCUUUCAUUGAGAAUGUAAAAGGUGGAGCCUUUAGCUACUUUGUCUAGUAGUCAUUUU